AUGGACGUGGUCAAGGCAGUGGAGACAUACAUCACGAAGUUGGUGUCUACGCCCUCUGCCAUGAAAGUCCUACUGCUUGAUACGCAUACGACACCCAUUGUUUCACUCGCGUCCACCCAAUCCACUCUACUUUCACAUCAGGUUUACCUGACCGAUCGUAUCGACAACGGGAAACGGGACCGGAUGUCGCACAUGAAAUGUGUUUGUUUUCUGCAGCCGAGUGAAGACAGUCUUGAUGCCCUUUCUGCCGAGUUAAAGGAACCCAAAUACGGGGAAUACUAUUUGUAUUUCAGCAACAUACUCAGUAAACCUGCCAUUGAACGUUUGGCUGAUGUUGACGAAUUUGAAGUUGUCAGGGAGGUGCAGGAAUAUUUUGCCGACUACGCACCCCUGUUGCCCUGCCUGUUUUCUCUCAAUCAUACGCCGACGGCGGAGAAACCUCUGUAUGGCUCCUCACCAAAUGUGUGGGACUCCCUUGCGCUCGAGCGCUCCGUGCAGGGUAUUACGGCUGUCCUUCUCAGUUUGAAAAAGAAACCCGUGAUUAGGUACGAGAAAACAAGCGGGAUGGCCAAAAAACUGGCGAGCGAAGUGCAGCAUCGUAUCCAAGCCGAAGCGACGCUGUUCGAUUUUCGCUUGACGCAAGUAGCUCCACUGCUACUGAUUCUCGACCGGCGAAACGACCCUGUCACUCCUUUGCUGUCACAAUGGACCUAUCAAGCCAUGGUGCACGAGUUGUUGGGCAUUCAUAAUGGUCGCGUAAAUCUCAGCAUGGUCCCUGAUAUUCGUCCGGAGCUCUCUGAAAUAACCUUGACAACGAUUACCGACCCUUUCUUUCAAGCUCAUUAUCUUGCGACAUUCGGAGACCUAGGUACUUCCCUGAAGAACUAUGUCCAAUCAUAUCAGUCGCGUUCUCUCGCCCAAUCACCUUCGUCCAUCAACUCAAUAUUUGACAUGAAGCGCUUUGUGGAAGAAUACCCAGAAUUUCGGAAGCUGGGUGGGAACGUUAGUAAACACGUCGCUUUGGUAGGCGAGCUUAGUAGGUUGGUGGAUCGCGACAGGUUACUUGAAGUGGGGGAGGUAGAGCAAGGGUUGGCCACGAGCUCGGGUUCAGACUUUAAGAACGUACAGGCUGUGGUCAACAAUCCAGUUGUGCCCGCCUGGAACAAGUUGCGGGUUGUCAUCCUCUAUGCACUGCGUUAUCAAAAGACGCAGACGAGUAAUAUUGCCGCUUUAAUCAAUUUGCUACUCUCCAAUGGCGUGUCUCGUGAAGAAGCUCGGCUGGUUUACGUUUUCUUGAAUGUUGCUGGAUCAGAUCAGCGACAGGAUGAUCUAUUCUCGACCGAGUCCCUAUUAGCCAAGGGCAGAUCCGCUUUGAAAGGACUCAAGGGUGUCGAGAACGUGUAUACUCAGCACACGCCACAUCUUUCACAAACUCUAGAAAAUAUCUUCAAGGGCCGAUUGAAGGAUACUACGUACCCUUUCUUGGACGGGACUGGUACUAACAUGGGAUUGCAACGGCCUCAAGAUGUCAUCAUUUUUAUGAUCGGCGGAACUACCUAUGAGGAAGCAAGGACAGUCGCACUCCUGAACCAAGAAGCAGGUAACUCUUUGACAGGGACAAGAAUUCUUCUUGGCGGCACUUGUGUACACAACUCGUCCAGUUACGUUGAGAUGAUUCGCGCCGCUGCAGAGAGAUUUCCCGCAUCAGUUUACGAGCCACCUCCUGAAUCCGCAACCACUGCUCCAUCUUUGAACCUAAACCUUGGCGGUGUCAAUACUACGGAGGAUGUCAAAGUUAAAACCCGUACUGGAGCUCUGCUGACCAUCAUAUCUGCAUGUAUCAUUUUGGCAUUUACAACAAUCGAGUUUUUCGACUACCGACGCGUUGGCGUCGACACGUCGAUAGUAGUCGACCGUAGCCGUGGGCAGAAACUGAGUGUACGGUUGAACGUCACCUUCCCCCAUGUUCCGUGUUACUUGCUCAGCUUGGAUGUCAUGGAUAUCUCUGGCGAGCAACAACGCGAUGUUUCACACAAUAUUCUCAAGAACCGGAUCACUAAGACUGGUGUAGACAUGCCUACAUUGCGGGGCGAGGACCUCCGUAACGAGAUUGACAAGCUUGCUGAACGACGCGCGAGUGGGUAUUGUGGCUCGUGCUAUGGUGGACAGGAACCAGAGAGCGGGUGCUGUAACUCGUGUGAAGAGGUUCGACAGGCGUAUACAGACAAGGGGUGGAGUUUCAGUAGUCCCGACGGUAUCGAGCAGUGCGUUGAAGAAGGAUGGUCAGACAAGCUCAAGGACCAGGCGGAUGAGGGAUGCAAUGUUUCUGGGCGUAUCCGGGUGAACAAGGUCGUCGGAAGCAUCCAAAUUUCUCCGGGACGUUCCUACCAGGCAGGCUCGCGUACCUUCCAAGAUCUGGUGCCAUACCUUCGCGACGAUGGUAACCCACACGACUUCGGCCACAUCAUCCACGAGUUUUUCUUCAUGGCAGAUGAUGAGUACAACCCUAACAAGGCAAAGAUCGGGAAGGAUAUGAAGGAACGUAUGGGGAUUGCGGACAACCCAUUAGAUGGUGUUGAAGCGAAGAUCAAUACGCACCAAUAUAGUUCAACACAAUUUGAACGUGAUCUGACGAAGUUCAAUGAAGGCGAGAACAAGCAAGGUAUUUUCACUCAACACGGUGUCGCGGGCUCACCAGGCGCGUACUUCAACUUUGAAAUUUCACCCAUCCUUGUCGUGCACUCUGAAACGAGGCAGUCGUUUGCACACUUCCUCACUUCUACUUGCGCUAUCGUCGGAGGUGUUCUCACUGUGGCUGCACUACUAGACGGCAUCCUAUUUGCUACAGGACGCAAGUUGAGGAAAGGUGGUGACGGGAACGUGAAACUCAUGUAA